AUGUAUCGAUUAGUGGUAUUACAAAUAUUAAUAUGCAUAUUUUUGAAACAGAAUAAUGCUGAUACAAAUUCAUUUGACGCGAGUGCUUAUGCUUUAGAACAUCGUUGUGUAUGGCAUGAAUGUAAUGUUCCUGGAUACCCAUCUGAACAUCUUGGUUAUUCAGUAGAUUGUUGUACAUUACAAGCGCCUUUAAAUUAUAAUCAACCAGCUAAAACUAUAAACAUUUCGAUGUCUCGAUUACGUCCACUUAAACCACCUAAAGAAAAUAAUACAAUUUUUAUUCUAAACGGUGGACCAGGGUUAUCAGGAUGGUCUAUAUUUUAUGCUGUUGCACAAAUGUUUCCAUCUAAUGCUGGUGCUACAAUAAUAUUACCUGAUCAUCGUGGUACUGGAUUAUCAAAUUUAUUGAGUUGUGAUGACAAUGGAUCACAAAUUAUAAAUGUAGAUUGUAUUAAAUAUUUAACAACGAAAUAUGGUGUUAAAGGAUUAAAUCAAUUUUCUGUAACAUCAGCAGCACAUGAUUUAUCUGUACAAAUUCAAUCGUAUAAAGCAGAUUAUCCUGGACGUGUUGCGGUUGUCGGACUAUCAUUUGGUACAUAUUGGUUAAAUCGUUUUUUAGUAAUCUAUCCGAAUAUUGUUCAAUCAGCUGUUAUGGAUGGUGUUGUAAAUCCUAUUUUGAGUUCAGGCCUUCGUGAUUCAUUGUUGGGAUCAGCUGUAGCUUUCGAAUUUUUAAGCUAUUGUCGAUUACAACCAGCUUGUAUUAAAGCUUUUCCACUCGAUAAACCACCUUACAUAAUGCUUCUGAAUAUAUUAAUGGAAAUAGAUUUAAACGAACAGAAAUGUAUCAACAAUCAUUUAACUGAAUAUAAUAUAACUGGUGAUAGUCUUCGUGAUUUAUUUUUUAAUUUGAUGGGACCUGCAGAACAUUAUAUGGAUCGUACUAUUAUUCCAGCUGUUAUCUAUCGUUUAUAUCGUUGUGAUUCAGAUGAUGUGGAAAUUUUAAAAUUCUUUUUUCGUACUGUUGCCCCAGACUUGGGUCAGAACGGUGGCGAAUCAGAGCAACCUGGAUUCAUAAGCUCAGUAGUUUUACAUUUUAAUAUUGUUGAAUCUGAAACUUAUUUAGCAAAGGAUCAAGAUGAAGUUGAUAUUAAUACGAUACUUGGUUGGCAGGCAACGACAAUUAUGGCAGCGAAAGAUCCGACUAACUAUGCUAAGAUACGUUCAAAAUGGCCAAAAUAUCCAAUAGAUGAAUAUCGUUUUAAAAUUGCAUCGUAUUCACCUCUAUUGAUGAUUUCAGGACAACUCGAUACAGCAACAAUUUAUGAAGAAGCUGUACAUUUGGCAUCACUUACAAGAAAAACACGAACAUUCUAUGGAAUUCCUCUCGCUGGACAUGUUACAUUAAAUGUUAUGCAGGCUGGUUAUGAUUGUCCUGUACAUUUAAGUUGUUCUUGGGUAUUUCCAGAUUUAUUCCCAUCAGAAUGGAAUGAUACUAACUGUAUUCAUAAGAUGCCUAAAACAAUUGAUUUCGUUGGAGAAACUGAACCUGGACAACAGGUUUCAAUGAAAUAUUUCAAUAUUAAUCAACCAUUUGGUAAAAUUCCGGAAAAAUAUUCAUACACAACUAUAAUUAUCAUUGCACUUGGAGUUAUCGUUGGAGGAUGGUUAAUUAUACGUAAAUACUGUUGUAAUUGUGCUCAUACUCGAAAAGUUGAUGCUAAACAAUCUUAA